AUGGCUGCUUCAUUUGCUUUCUUUCGUGUGCAAGUCAAAAUCCUUCACUCAUGGCGUCAAUAUACGCCUACGGCUGGUGAAACACUUGAGUGUAUCUUAGCUGAUUCCACGGGUACAAAGAUCCACGCAUCUGUCAAGAAGGAUUUGGUUGUUCGACAUGCUAAUCAGUUGCAGGAAGGUCAAUGGAGGUUCAUUGAGACAUUCAGUCUAACCAAUGCUGCUGGUCAUUUCAGACCCACUGGACACGUCUACAAGAUCAAUUUCCUUAACGGUACCAACAUUAGGGCGAGUGACAAUGGUAGUGAGUCGAUUUUCUUAUCCCUCUCAAAGUUUCUAAGGAUCCUUGCACACGAGGUUAAUACCAGCAUAUUGGUUGAUGUUAUUGGUCAAGUUGUUAAUGUUGGUGAUGUUGAAGACCUUGAUGUUAACAAUAAACCAGUUAAGAAGAUUGACUUCGAGCUCAGAGAUGUUACGUAA